GGGUGGGGCGCGUGUUGUCCGGAGUCCGGGGGCUCUCGCGUCGGCGGUGGAGGAACCCGCUAGCUGGCGGCGACACCGGCGACGGGAACCGACGAAGGGUGUUGCCAUGAUGACGGUGGCGGAGGACAGCAAGGUGCAGGUGGUGGUGCGGGUGCGGCCCUCCACCCCUCGGGAGCUGGAGAGUCAACGGCGUCCUGUGGUUCAGGUGGUAGAUGAACGGGUUCUGGUAUUUGACCCUGAGGAGCCUGAUGGGGGAUUCCCUGGUCUGAAAUGGAGUGGCUCCCAUGAUGGUGGUCCCCCUAAAAAGAAAGGCAAAGACUUGACAUUCGUCUUCGAUCGAGUCUUUGGUGAGAUGGCUACCCAACAGGACGUGUUCCAACACACCACCCACAGCAUCCUGGACAGCUUCCUCCAGGGCUACAACUGCUCAGUGUUUGCCUACGGGGCCACCGGGGCUGGGAAGACACACACCAUGCUGGGAAAGGAGGGGGACCCCGGCAUCAUGUACCUGACCACCAUGGAACUGUACAGGCGUCUUGAGGCCCUCAAAGAAGAGAAGCGAUUCGAGGUGCUCAUCAGCUACCUGGAGGUGUACAAUGAACAGAUCCGUGACCUCUUGGAGCCCAAAGGAUCCCUUGCCAUCCGUGAGGACCCUGACAAAGGAGUGGUGGUGCAAGGACUUUCUUUCCACCAGCCCGCCUCAGCUGAGCAGCUGCUGGAGAUGCUAACCAGAGGCAACCGCAGCCGCACACAGCACCCUACCGAUGCCAACGCUACAUCCUCCCGCUCCCAUGCCAUCUUCCAGAUCUUCGUGAAACAGCAGGACCGGGUCCCAGGACUGACUCAAGCCCUUCAGAUGGCCAAGAUGAGCCUGAUUGACUUGGCUGGCUCAGAGCGGGCAUCCACCACCCAUGCCAGGGGGGAGCGACUGCGGGAGGGUGCCAACAUCAACCGUUCUCUGCUGGCUCUCAUCAAUGUCCUCAAUGCUCUGGCUGAUGCCAAGGGCCGAAAGUCUCAUGUGCCCUACCGGGACAGCAAACUGACCCGCCUGCUCAAGGACUCUAUCGGGGGCAACUGCCGCACGGUGAUGAUUGCCGCCAUCAGCCCCUCCAGCCUGACGUAUGAGGACACCUACAACACCCUCAAAUAUGCUGACCGGGCCAAGGAGAUCAGACUCUCGCUGAAGAGCAACGUGAUCAGCUUGGACUGUCAUAUUAGCCAGUAUGCUACCAUCUGCCAGCAGCUCCAGGCUGAGGUGGCUGCCCUGAAGAAGAAGCUCCAGGCCUAUGAGUCAGGCGCCCAGGCCACACAGCAGGACCUCCCACAGCCCCACAAAUCCGGCCAACCACAAUGCUCCUCCUUACUGCCCCAGCCUCCUAGCCAGCCCUGCACCUCAGAACCCCACCUGGAGUCGGGAGUCCUUCAAGAGGGGAGCCUUAGGACAGAGGGCCAGGAACAGAGGAACAUGGAAGGAAACUCAGACCAGCAACAGUUCCUACAGGACAAGGACAAAAACCACGAUGAGAAAGUUCCAACCCAGAUGCCAGAGCUAAACCUCAAGCACCCACUACCAGGAUCCCCUGGCCUGAUGCUGCAGCCCGAGCCAGUUACAGACCACCUCUCACCACAGAAAUUGGACGUGGAUCGGUCUAAGCAGUUGGCCUUCCAGGUGCUGUGCUUGGCCCAGCGGCAAUACUCUCUGCUCCAGGCAGCCAACCUCCUGACCCCAGACAUGAUUGCAGAGUUUGAGACCCUGAAGCGGCUAGUGCAAGAGGAGAACACUGAGCCUGGGGCCAAGACCUCUAGCACUCCCGGCCUGGCCAGCAAGGCCCCUCUGGCUCAGGAGCUGUGUUUCGAGUCCAAGUCUCUGGAGUACUGUGGCCCUGUGACCCGGACCAUGGCAAAGCAACUGCACACUCUGGGGAUCCCCUCUGGACCUGACCGCAGCCCUCACAAGGCAGCCCGGCAGCCCACCGAGGAGAAGAAGAAGAAGAGGAGACUGAGUCCUGCCGAGCCAGACUGUCCUCUGGCCCCAAAGCAGCGCCAGUCCUUUCUCCCCUGUCUGAGGAGGGGGUCUCUGCCUAAGGCUCAGCCUUCACUGGAGCCCAGCACCCCAAAACGGAAAAGGGCCUCCUCUCCCUGCCAUUCCCCUCGCUUCUGCCCAGCCACAGUCAUCAAAAGCCGGGUUCCCCUGGGCCCUUCGGCUAUACAGAACUGUUCCACCCCUCUGGCCCCUGCUCGUGACCUCAACACCACCUUUGAUCUCUCAGAGGAGCCCCUCUCCACACUCAGUUGUCACGGAUUUGAUGGCUGGGAGAAAGUCCCCCAGGAGUUGAACAGGCUGAACCAGCCCUUCAUCCCCAGUGCACCUGUGCCAUUCACCAGCAAGGCCCCCAAGCUGCCAUCUUCCUUCCCCGGGACCACCACUUGCAGGAAGAAGCGCACCAUGAGUUCCUCCAUCUCCCGGGGCCAAAGUCGCAUUGCUCGCCUCCACAGCAGCACCUUGAAGAGACCAACUGGGCCUCUUGCAAUCCCAGACCCGCCGGUGAGUCCCCACUGCCUUGCUGACCAGAGAGCACAGAAGGAACUCAUCAGGGUCGGGGGAGUGCUGUCAGCCGGGAGCUGUGUCACCAUGGUGUCCUGACCAGCAAAGGUGUCCUGAUCUGUCAGCCCAUCUAAGCUAGCCACCUCCCCUUGGUCCCUGGCACCACCAGAGCAAUUCAUGCCAAGAUGCCUCUCCUGUUUUUAACACCCCUCCCCAACCGUUCAUACUCUCUGCCCUCUAUUAACCUCUGUUAGGCUCAGCUUCUCUGUACAUGCAGCUAUUUUCAAGGAUGCCACCCUAAGGACCUGCAGGGAGCUCUUGGCUCUGUUCUCUACCCCUGAUGUCUUAACACUAGGCUCUGCCCAGUAGAGGAGGGGUGAGGUCAAGAAGGGGGCUCACUGGGGAGUCCCCACUUGGCUCUUCAGGUUUUGAGAGGAGCCUCUUCAGCCCCAUUCUCCCCAGCCUGAGGUAGGAACCUUUCUCUGGCCCCUGCUCUGGUGAUGGUGUAGCUGCUUUGCAAAGGAAGCCAGCAUUAUUAUCUUGACCCAUUGUACACAAGGCACUCAAUGUAUAAGAGUAUAUAAGAAGAAAAGAGAAUGUAGCCUUAAUGCUACCACCUAGGUAUAAAUGCUAAAUACUGGGACUUAUACAUCCCUCUGAUCCUUGAUUUCUGAAUAAACGGGUAUUAUAAACAUGUAUAUAGAUUUUUUUUUUAACCGUAAUGAUCAGUAAAAUAAACUUCGGUGUCCUU